CGAGCAUUGAACAUGUCGUGGUAUGCAUGCAGCAACCCCGCUUGCCGCCACUUGGACGGGCCACCUCGGGCAGUCCACAUCACAAACGGCCCGCCAAGAUGCACUGAAUACGCUGCGGAAUGGUACGCUAACUGCUUGAGCAUCGCAUUUCUCCGUUCUCUUCACACAGCGUGGGGUGUCGACGACGAAGCGUUCCAUGCGAAUGCUGCCGCACCCUCAUCAGCCUUGAUUCGAUGCGCGAUGGAGUGGUGAUGUGCCAGUUAUGUGGCUUUUGCACCGUGCUCGAUGUGGACUUGCGGGCGUUCCUUUUUUCACCUCCCCUUCCAUUCGAGGCUGCCAUGAGGAACGAGGUCUCGGCAGUGCACGAUCAACGACAGCAUGCAUCUCAAGCAAGUGCUAUUGUGGAAGAAGAGCCUUUGCAGCCUGAUUCCAAACGACAAAAGGUCAUCGACGACGACUCUCCUCGCUCUCUCGAGGGAGUAUGGACGUCUGCGAGACUUCCUCUGACGGAAAAAGCGCUUCCAUUCACGUCGUCAAGCCUUGGGAUGCUCAAGCUCCUCCAAGGCCCCAACUUUGCACAGCACGAGGUAGAUGCGUUGUCCGACACGUUGCUUCAGUUCUUGCACCACCGGCAUAUCCUCGUGAAGCUCCAGGACGAGUUGCAUGAUCUGGAGCAGCUCCACCGUCAUUUUUCCCUCCGCCAGAAAACGGUCAGCGCAUUCGUUGUGGAAUGCACGGCGCUGCAGAUUCGCCGCCUUCGCGCCACGUUCGACCGAGUGGCAACUCCAUAUUGCCGCGUCGUCGGCAUCGCCACCCACCACCUCCGCGAGCUCUUGCGAGAAGCUCGUGAAAUCGGCCAUGCCGCUGUCGAUACAAAAACCACCCCUUCGACAUCGGACGCCAUGACGUCAACGUCACUGCGGUCCCGGCGUCGCAAAAACUUUCAGGAACGCCAAGGUACUGUCGCCGCGGCGCUGUUGACGCCCCCGAAGGCCCGCCCCCACCCUUCCGACUUGCUCUUGACCGAAAAGAUUCAGUUGUGGUGGCGAGUCGCCCAUUCGGUUGCCACUGUGUGCGCUGGUCGUCCUCGACACUCUAUCGUCUAACAACGGCACCAAGGUGACCCCCACCGGCAAUUGGAAAGACGGGAUGUGCCUGCAUUCGCUCACAGGGAUGCAAUGCUCCGGUGUAGUUGCGCACAUCACGAGCACAUUGUGCAUCUUCGUGGAGGUUGCCCGAAACCACAACGGGGUGCCAUGAUAGAGGGCUUUGACCGCCUGACUUUACUGAACGAAGUACAUUUUCCUGUCGUC